UUGUGCACGAGCGAGAGCGGGCCGAUGGCGACCGCCGAGAUGUGGUUGUGAAGUCGCGAGCAGCCGUCGCUGCCGCGUCGUGUUUAGAGCGUGAGUCGCGCGUGUUUCGCGUUCAUCACGGCUGCCGUUGUUUCUUCCAUCGUUUUCCGUCCCCGCGUUACACGCGCGUUCAACGACACAGUGUAUCUCGUAUGUCUACAUCACGACGACGACGGCGAGGACGACGACGAAGACGACGACGACGUCUCGCGUCGUGCUCGUGGGUGAGUGCGUGUCGCGAAACGUGUGCGUGAGUGGUGCGUGCGUUCGACACGGUGUAACAGUGUGCAGCGUGGUGCGCCGUCGUGUCGAAGAAGCCGCUCACGACCAGCGCUCACGGUGGAUCAUCAUCCGUCUGUACCGAGCGACGGAGAGAGAUAGAGAGAGAGAGAGAGAGAUAGAUAUAGAUAGAUAGACGUAGGUAGAUGCCACAUUCAUGAGCAAGAGUGAAAGGGACAGAAAGCGUGUGUUUUCUGCGUGCGUGCGAGAGAGGCAGAGAAAGGACGGGAAGAAAAGUUCUCUUCAUGUGUCUGCGUUACAGCUCUACGUCGAAUCGCCGUCGGGAGCACGAGAGUUGACACUUUCGGUGGGAGCAUGGAUCAACGUCAUCGUCGGUCGUCAUCGCAGCCGAAUCGCUAAGAAGCAGCAGCAUCUUCAUCCCGGCGUCGUCUGUAAACACGCGCAACCGACAGAUAUACAGCAAGCCGCUGUCCUUCGAGAUAAUCUGUGCUCGGCUGGGUGUAAUUCCGGCUGGGGCUAACCAUGUCCACUAAGAGACACCGUGGGCGAAAAUUACGUGGAAAUAACAAAAUAGCACAUGAGGGCCAUAAUAGAUAGGAUGAGUGCAUCUAGGCAAAACGAAGCACGUAGCUUUAAUGAGAACUCUCCUAGACCACCAGUGCCAGGAGAGGAAACGGUAAGCUAUGUCAGCCGGAUCCGUCCACAGAGUCCCGCUCUGACACCCAGACGCUCUUCUUUCGCGACGCCGCAGGUCUCCAGCGGUGGCUGUGAUGCUUCCGCGCCGUUGGGAUUCGAGCCGGAAGGUUGCUGCGGAACCACUACCAUGGAGAGCGAUUCGCCUCCCGCUUACGCAAGGUGGGCGAGAAAUCUGCACUCCCUGCUGGAGGAUCCGGUGGGUCUGGAGCUGUUCAAGAGGUACCUGGAUCAGGAAGGGCAUGUGGACCCGCUCAAUUUCUGGUUCGCCUGCGAGGGCCUCAAGGAGCAGAAGGACAUGGAGAAGAUCUCGCAGCUGGUGAAGCUCAUCUAUCGGCGGUUUUUCCUCAAGUCGCAGCUAACUAUACCGGAGGACGUUAUGAAGGAGGCAGACCGGCGAGUCAAGGAGGGUCGCACCGAUCAGAAGGUGUUCGACAUCGUGCAGCUCGAGGUCGAGCGGCUGAUCAGCGAGACGACGUAUCCCAACUUCCUUCAGUCCGACGUGUACCUCCAGUACGUGCAGUCCUGUCAACAUCAGGACUCCGGCGGCUGUCCGAGCUCGGGCUCGGGCAGUCGCGAGAUGUCCAUCUCGUGCGGACAGAGUCUGCUGCCCACCGUGCACGAGGACAGCGAGUACGUUCACGGCGCCAUGCAUAAUUCGCACUCGGUCGGCGGGACGCCCGGAGAACUGAGGGAACUAAGAUUGACCAAAGAUGUCCUGAUGGCCACCCAGCAGAGUAGAGCGAUGGAUUUACGGCCGAGGCCAGAGGCGUACGCCGGCGUUUACUUGCAACAUGGGACUAGUCCAUAUCACAUGCACGUAUCCAGAUUGCACGCACAAUAUUCCUCCUACAACCCGGUAUCCAGACAGGAUUCCGAGCUUCAGAGUUUGAGCAGUGAUGCACGUACCGAGGUGGACAAUAUGUCCCUCAACGACGGAUCCAUCGACGGAACGAGCAGCAGGCAGAAGACCAAAAAGCAAUACGCAAAGCAAUCUAGCAGGGCGAUCAAGGAGUCCGCGAAUAUCAAUCGCGAGUUCAUGGUACACCACGUCGUCCCGCGAACCCAGCGCAUGGCGUCCCCGAAGCAGAUGCCGCCGAAACAAUUUGCGGAGAUGCUCACACACAAAUUAGAAAUUCUGGCGCGAGAACAGAAGACCCAGGAGAAACUGGACAAGUACUUGCAACAGGAGAACGACGCCGAGAAGCCGGUGGAGACGUCAGGCGGAGUGCAAAAGACUCUGGACGAUGCGCUGAAUGCGAAAUUGAAUUCCAUAGAAGAGGACAAUGAUCAGGCCAUUCUCGACGAGCACGUGUCUCGCGUUUGGUCGGAUCAGACGCCGUCAAGAUCGCCCAGGCUCUCGCCCGACAUAAGGCGUCCCGCGCACAAUUAUCUACGGCCUUACAAACAGCGAAAAGAAAAAGACGUGGAUUCCACGUUCUCGGUGGACAGCGGUAAUAUACACGACUUUCCGGAAGGCAGCGAUCUCGUCGGAGCUGGUUCCAUGAGUUCACUAGGUUCACACCUGCCAAAAUCGAAAUCCGUGCCAUCCGAUUACGCCGACUCUCUCCACAAACAAGAUCUGUAUCUUCAAGGUCACGAGCAAAGAUUUCGAAGGUCAGAUGCAACGAGACGAUCUGCCACGAAGAAAUCGAUGACGGAGUUAACGGACAGUGGAGUGAGUGUCGUCAGCGACGUGCCGCCUUCUAUAAGCAAAGACAUUCGUCUGCCGCCGCGAUUUAAGGAAGCGGACAAGAAGGUGGAACUGAAGCACAGUAGUCGUCACGGAAAGAGGUACGGUUCACGUAGUGGAUCCUUAGAAAGGCCGAACAGAGAAACGUGGAGUAUGGGAGUACCUGCUCAACCGUUCGUCGCUGAUCCGGGAAUGCCGCCUUUGACACCACCUCACACGGUUAUACAAUUAGAGGAGACAUGUAGAAGACUAAUGGAGGAGAAUAGAAUACCGCGUGGCAGUUUCAAGCAACGGCACUUCAAUGUUUCCAAACAGGCUUACGAGUCCGCGGCACAGAGCCAACCGUACGUGCAGUCCAACCAGUCGACAUUGAGAAAGCCGAAACAGGAUACGGGCGAUUUCACCACUGUUGUGUUCAGUUUCUGUGACGAACAGUUCCCUUACAGGACCAAGAUUCCUGGUCACAACGUCACUUUGAAGCAAUUCAAGGAGUAUCUUCCGAAGAAAGGGAGCUAUCGGUACUUCUUUAAAACUGAGUGCGAGGACUUAGACACGAAAGUCAUACAGGAGGAAAUAACGGACGAUACUGAGAUCCUGCCAUUGUGGGAGGGCAAAGUGAUGGCGCAAGUUAAGGCGCUCGAGUAAAUAGACUGAAUAAAACACAACCGAGCGAGAAUUGCGCGAAUUUUGACCAAGUGCCGCAAUAAAUAUUAUUUAAGAGAUCCGUCACUAGCCGGCAAGCCGACGCGUUCGGUAUUUAUACAUAUAUACAUAUUAACGCUUGUUAUGCGGCCUCUUUCUCUUAUAAUUGCCUAAGAAAGUAGUUUUAAUGGAUGAAAAAGAAGAAAAAUAUCGAGUCGAGCAAUAUCGUUGUAUGCAUAAAUGUUGCGGAGAAGAAAGAACGGCCUCAUGUCAAAUUUUAUCGAUUGAAUGUCCUCGGAGGAAUAAUUUCCCUACUUCUCGGUUGCAAGUUUUUUUCUUUUUUUUUGGUCAAAUUUACAGUUUUAUUCAGACAAGAGACAAACGCAUUCUCUUAUUAUCGAAAUUAUUUUAUCGAUGAAAUAACAGCAGCGGCUCGCGCGACUGCGCUUUAUUGUACAUAACUAGUAUUAGCGAUUUUCGAUUUUCGACGACAAACAACAUUGCGCGCGUUUCGUCGGUGCGGGCUUUGCCAGAUGAAAAUUAUCGUACUUUCGUCUGAUUUUGGUAGCGGCAUUUUCACAGCGAUAGGUUUUGGGAUGAUAAACGGUAACAAUGCGCCGAAGUGAGGAAACGCAUUGCUGACCGACUGAACAAUUUCUUCCUCCCGAAGACUUCCCACAUAGUUCUCCAAACGACUGUACAAAGAUGCGUAUAGUUGAUCGCCUUAGUAAGAUUCGCGUAGACACUAAACUCACUUAGGAGAGGAUAAUUAUUACGAAUUAUGGCGCCUAAGAAAGUGUAUUACGUGUAUUUUACGUAAAUGAGAUAUGUCUUGUUUAAUAUACGUAAUAUAUUUUACACGUGCGAUCCGUGAGAAGUAUGACAUUGGAAAACAAAUCGCAAAUCAUGUUUUUCUUUUUCGUUGUGCCACCGUCAUCGUCGUAUCAUUCGCCAUCCAUUCGACAUUGUGAAAUAAGCUCACCAAGCAUAGCCUAAUGCACGGCGAUUUGUAGUAUAUGUAUGUAUGUACGUAUCAGCAACAUGCAAUUGGCAUCGAGACGGUGAACAUCGGUGGGAAAAAAAAAAAAUAGAAAAUCGUUAGCAUUUAGAUUGUAAUGAUGUUUUAUCAGGUGCGGAAAUAUGUGCCUUUUUAGUGCAGUAAGAUCGAAAUAAGCCUAAAGAGAGAAGGUAAGAGAUAUUUAUAAAUUGCAGUACAGGGGCCCAAUUCCCGAAAAAGAAAAAAAAAACGAUGUCCGAUGUUACAUUAACGUUUCCUCAAAGUGUACUUUGUUAUCAAGAUUGUUUUUGUUUUUCUAAAUUCCGCCUUGUAUACCGAAUCCGCCCGUAGCAUUCUGUUUAAUCCUUUCAGUCCUCUAGCCUUCUUAAUUGUACAAAUUUUAUUUCUACUUAUACGCUGCAAAUUUCGUGAAGACUUGUAUCGAAAUGUCCGAUUUUGUAUUCUAAUAAAGAUCAUAAAAAUGUAAAACUAUAUUUUAUUUGUUAUUUAUUUAUUAUUUGUUUCUCAAUUUAUAAGAAAAAAAAAAACAUCGUUCUCCAGUUAAUUUGGAUUUCGGCUAACGCCAAAAAAAAUGGGAUGACAGAGAUUUUUUGUUUAAUUCAAGACUGAAAGGAUUAAAUCGUAAUAUAUAGUGGUAUAAUCAAGAGACACGGUCGUGCGCCAAUAUAAAUUCACGAGAAACUUAUUCAAUAAUUUUUAACUCUCAAAACGGACUGUUCUUCAUCAACGUAAACCGAACUCGUAGAUCUAUUUUUUCCGCGCCUUGUUAAGUACCGUUAAUGGGCUCAAAAAUUCACGUAAGUUAAUUGAAGUGUUAAUUAGAAGCCCAAAUUAUAAAAUUAAAUAGUUUAUUUAUUGAAUAUUUGGUUUUUCAUUGAGGAACAAAUCUCAAGUAGUUAAAAUCGCUUGGACAUUUUUUACUUGAGUCCGUUUUGAGGGUUAAUUAAUGCGAUUUACAAUUUGCUAAAAUUUAUUUUCUACACGUGAUCUUUGUGGAAAAUCGAAAGGAAAAUAAAAUUUAAUGAUUAUGUAUACUGUUUAUUUGAAUAUUAGAUCACGUCGUCGCAAAUCGGUACUAAAGGUGGCGUGAUUAAUUUUCAAUCAUAUAUAAUUGAUCAUCAUCCAUUAAUAUCACGAUAAAGUGUUCCUGUACCUAAUUAAUUAAUGAUUAUUAUUGUAUAUCAAAAAUAUUAAGAAUAAUAAUGCGAUUUUCACUGGAUCAUA